AUGAUAUUGCACAAGUUUUUAAUAAUCCAAAUAGCACAAAGAAUGAUGUACAGAUGUAAGAACAGCUGUGGUUGUAGAAAAGCUGGUUUGCGCUGUUCACAAUAUUGUAAAAAAUGCAAAGGCGAAGAAUGUGGAAAUGAUGGAAAAAUUACUAAUAUAUCAUUAACUGAAGCAAGCAAUUAUUCAACAGUACUUGAACAAGCUGAACUUGAACACGAAUCUGAACUUGAGGAAGAAAACAAUAAUAGACUACUCAACAGACCAAAAUAUACUGAUGAAACUCAUAUGCGAUAUGCCAGCACAUUAGAAGAUGAUAUAUCAGAUGACAACAAUGAUUUAGAUUUUGAUCGAUUUUAA